AAAAAGCUUUCUUUCCUCUUCGAAAACUGUCACGUGAUUUACGCAGUUAAACUGGCGUUUCUUUUUAUUUUGAGAAGUGUAGAAUAAUGUAGAUUAUUGUUUUGACAAAAGCUUGGAUCAAAGAUUAAAAAAAAGGUAUAAAAUAAGAGGAAUAAAAGAAAGAAAAAAUGCUGGAAUUAUUCAAUCAAAUUAGGGGUCUUCUGAUCAACGAUACCGUUUGCAUCGACAACCUGGUCUUUAGACUUUAUACACGAGUCACAGUUUUAUUUCUGACGAUUUGCUCUGGACUUCUAAUAUUUAAAACCUACUUUGGCAACCCGAUUAACUGUUUUCGAACCAGCGAAUCGCCAAUACCUUUAGAUGCGUUUAAUUCAUUCUGUUGGGUUACGAGCACAAGUAUAGUCGAUGAGAAAACAUCAGGAAUUCUGGGAGUAGAUAACGUUGGUUUGGGAAUGCGACCAUCCGAAAAUCAAUCCGAUUUGAUCGAUCAAGAAUAUUAUAAAUGGGUUUGUUUAUUCCUCGGGCUACAAGCUUUUAUGUUUUACGCACCUCGAGCUUUAUGGAUCAUUUGGGAACGAAAGAUUAUCAGUUUUCUCGCAAAGGAUCUUGCAACUCCUCUACAGCAGGAGGUUUGGACUGAAGACAAACGAAACCAACUUACUAAUUAUUUCUAUAACGACCAUAUGAUGAGCUCAAAUAAUUUCUACGCCAUUCGUUUUUUUGUUUGUGAAAUACUAAAUCUUUUGAAUUCGAUGAGCCAAAUUUAUUUUCUUGACCUGUUGCUAAACGGACGGUUUUCUCUACUUGGACCCGCAAGCGUGACAUAUGCGAUGGCAUACGAAUCUAAAACAAUGGUUGAUCCUUUAGAACAACUCUUUCCACUGACUGGAAAAUGUACACUAAAUACCUACGGUCCCUCAGGUUCAAUUCAAAAGCACGAUGCAUUUUGCAUUUUGACACUGAAUAUGAUAAAUGAAAAGAUAUUCAUCAUUUUGUGGUUUUGGUUAAUUCUUCUUUGCCUUCUUGGCACAAUCACCAUAAUCUACAGAGUCAUCAUGUUCACGCAACCAUCAGCAAGAAUUUAUUUAUUGCAAGCACAAACUCGAAGUCUCAAAAGAAAGAAAAUUGAAAUAGUAGUGAAAGCACUUGAUUUUGGAGAUUGGUUUCUAUUGUAUCAACUUUCCGAGAACGUGAAUCCUGUCGUAUUCAAAGAACUCGUUCAUGAGUUAUAUCUGACAAUUGUUAAAAGUCCUGAUUCAUGUGCUUAAAACAGGUGAACAGAAAAAAUUUAUUUUUAUUUCUGACAUUCUUUGAGACUUUAUAUUUCAACGAGGACACGUUGUUAAUUUUCUGCCAAAAAGUGCCUAGUCUAAACAAGAAAUACUGAAUCAUUCCAAAAAAAAAAUAUAUUCCAUGUUGAAUAAUUUAUUGUUAGGUUUAAAUGAGUCUAAAAAGAAUAUUUAAAAAAAACUAUAAUUUAGUUAGUAUACGAAAAUAUUAAAUUAAAAAUUUCAAAGCAAACAAGUACAAAAAUAAGAAUUAAAUAAAAAUUAACUUUAUUAAAUAUUGUAGCUUCUACUGUCAUGAUUAAAUCAGUUAAAGAAAAACAGUUACUAGUAUUAGUAUUAUUAAACAAUGUCUUCAUUUUGACUGAAUUUUUCAUUUUUUGAAAAAUAUAAAUCGUAGUAUUUAAGUUGAAUAUUUUGUAGAAAAAAAGGAUCUAUUUAAAUGCAGUAUUUAGCGUUAAGAUAGUUUGUCAAAGCCGGUGAUAUUCUACACGUAAGAAAAUUUAUUUAUAAAAAUAUUUGUUAAAAAAAUUGUUUGUUAUGAACUGAGAAAAGACUCAUUAGAAUCUAAAUAUGUUAAUAAAAAAUGGUUGAAAUCGUUACUAUGUGAAAAAAUGUUAAAAAUUUUCAACUGGUUUUGAAAAUUUUGUAAGUACUUAAUUUUGAAUAAUAAUAUUAACUUUCGUUACAAUAAAUUGUUCUAGAAAAGAAUGU